AUGCUGUGCCGAUUCUUCGGCGGCUUCUUCAGCGCCUGCCCCCUCGCCGUCGUGGCAGCCGUCUUCUCAGACAUGUUUGACAGCCGCCUACGCGGCCUCGCCAUCACCGUCUUCUCCAUGACCGUCUUCACGGGACCCCUGCUUGCCCCCUUCGUAGGCGGCUUCAUCGUCACCAGCCACCUCGGCUGGCGCUGGACCCAGUACCUCCCCGGCAUCUUCGGCGCCAGCGCCUUUAUCCUCGACAGCAUCUUCUUCGAAGAAACCUACCCGCCGGUUGUGCUCGUGGACAAAGCCGCCGAGAUGCGCCGGCGCACGCGCAACUGGGGCAUCCACGCCAAACAGGAAGAGAUCGAAAUCGACCUGCGCGAGCUGCUCGAGAAGAACUUCAGCCGCCCGCUGAAGAUCCUCGUCACCGAGCCCAUCGUGCUUCUCCUCAGCAUCUACCUCGCCUUCAUCUACGGCAUCCUCUACCUCUUCAUGACCGCGUACCCGAUCGUCUUCCAGAACAUCCACGGCUUCAGUCCCGGCGUCGGCGGCCUGCCGUACUUCGGCAUGAUCAUAGGCCAGCUCAUCGGCGGCCUCACGAUCAUCCUGUCCCAGCCGUGGUAUACGCGGAAACUAGCCGCGAAUGGCGACGUGCCCGUGCCGGAAUGGCGCCUGCCGCCCGCCAUUGCUGGUGGCUUCUCGUUCGCCGGAGGACUGUUUUGGUUCGGGUGGUCUGGCUUCACGGCUGAUAUCCACUGGAUCGUACCGACGUUAUCGGGCUUGUUGACCGGGUUCGGUCUGUUGGUGAUCUUCCUACAGGCAUUGAACUAUAUCAUUGAUGCGUACUUACUUUUUGCUGCCUCCGCCAUCGCCGCAAACACUCUCCUCCGCUCCAUCGCCGGAGCCGCAUUCCCCCUAUUCGCAGAACGCCUGUUCGCCGCCCUCGGCGUAAACUGGACCGGCACCCUCCUAGGCUGCAUCGCCCUCGCACUUGCCCCCAUCCCCGUCAUAUUCUACAUCUACGGCGCGCGGAUCCGCGCACACAGCAAGUUUUCCACAAAACACUUCCUGGAGGAUGAAUGA